AUGCAGGCUCCGUUGCACGUCGACCCUUUGCAGCUUCGUCUUGCCCCAGGCUCCUUCACCACGGCCUCUGACUCGCCACUGGGCCAGCUUGCCUUCAAUGAGGUUUGUGCUCAAGCCACGGGCAUCUGCUUCUGCACCACUGCCCAAGCUGCCCCAUUUGUGGCCCAGGCAAAGAAUCUCAGUGUUGAUCCACUUGCUCUCGUGACCACAGCCGAGAUUUCCGCUGAUCAGGUUGGUACUGCCAGGGUCAAGAGCAUUCGCUAUCCUGCGAUUUUCGCUCCUACUGAGGAGGCUGUUCUGGUUGCCGGUUCCUUGAUCCAGCUUGGUGACGAUGAUGUGCAGCUUGCCACUGCUGGCAUUGCUGAACUUGACCGCAUUGACACUAUAGUUUGCCGGCUCAACCUGUUCAAGGACGAGAGCACUCUGGCUUGGGAUAAGGUUGCCGAGGCUCCCAUCCGAGUGCUUCUGCAACAGAUCCCCGCGCUCCGGGUCUGUGUAGACCCCUCGUGCAGCCAGGCCUGUGGAUGCUUCCACUCAGCUGUUGACGAGGUCGUGGAACACCUUUUCCUUGACAUCUGGGCCCGCCAGUGGUGCCGAUUAGGUGGGGCAAGGGUUAAGGCGACCGAAGCUGAUGUUUUCCAAGCUUAUGUGCGUGUGCCGGCCUCAGCGGUGACUCACCUGCUAAAGCUUGUUCACACAGGCCUGUAUUUCGAGCCUCGGGCUUGCGACGGCACUGGCCCCCACCCUGCAUGGUCUGUCGUGUGGUUGCCGGGAGCCUCUCUCGCCACUGCACAACAUGCUCUUCGCACGACCGAAAAGGCCCUUGCACUUGCCAGGUUGGGAACCAAGUACGGUUUGAGAACUCGGGAAGCCGAUGAGCAGCAGGUUUUCGAGCUGCACAGGCCCCAACACCAAUUCUUGAAGGUGCGGGUCUCGGCCCACUACCGUUUGCACCCGCUCCCUCACGGACUGCAACGGCCGGCUCUGGUCCAGCUCCUGAAACAGUGGGGCUGGAACGGCAAACCUCUCCAGCCGGAUCGAGGUGACUCCAUUGGUGCUGCAUGGCUCGUCGGGGCCUCAUGUGAGCCCCCUGCUCCUGCCCUGCCGCUUGGCACUGACUUCGUUUUGAUCUCCAAGCUUCGUGACAUUGGUGCCUCUGGGAAAUCUGCCCCUCUGCCGGUCUACGCCUCUUUGCGUACCAAGAAAGCUUUGCUGCUUGAUGACGACGAGUCCAGUGUAGACCCAUGGUCGUGUGGCCCGGACCCAUGGACUUUGGCCAAACCUCCGGCCAACUCUACUGCUGCCCCUUCGGCCUCUGCUUCGACUGCCAGCACCAAGCUCGAGCAAAUCAAGGCGGACUUGCGCCAAGACCUCCAGCAGCUCGUCAGCGACCAGCUUGAUGCCAAGCAAGCCAAUGAUCCCCCGCCGGGGUUGAGUGAUCAUGACCACCGCCUUCAUCAACUCGAGGUUGGGCUGAGCGAGGUUCGUCACCAAAAUGUGAAGUUUGAAAGUUGGUUUCAAUCCUUCGGGACGAAGGUGAGCGAUCAAGCACAACAAAUCCAGACCCUUGCCGGCACUGUCAAGGAGCAACACCAGGAGCUCACCAAGGUGCGUACUGAUGUGCAGAGCUCCAUCAAGUCUGCCGUCGUUGCAUUGCAAACCGACCUGUCGGCGCAGAUGCUCCUUUGGUCACCAGCUGCUUUUCGAUACGGCGAGGCCGCGCAUCCUGGGCCCCCUCCGUCUUUCUUCUUGAGCACUAGCAAUCCCUCUGGACUCCGCAACAAAGAGUCCUUUUUCGCCGACUGGGGUGUCGGCAUUCACUGCUUUGCUGAGACACAGCUCUCAGCUGCCACGUUGCCCGCCUCUAAGGCUCACUUCCGUCGCCAUGCAAAAGACAUGGGCAGACUUGCUCGCUUUGUUCCGGGUGCUCCUGCACCCCUCCGCACCAACAGUCUCUGGGCUGGGGCCUGGACCGGCGUGCUACAAGUCAGCGACUUCCCGUGCCGACCACAUCAAAUCUCGUACCCCUCAGGCCUCUUCGAGUCCGGUCGCAUUGUGCUUGCCCGGCAUUACUUGGAAGCUGUGAUGUUUCAGGUGGCCACUCUUUAUGGUUACCCCUCCGGGCCGACCUGGCCUGAUGCCAGACACCGCACCGAUGAUAUGCUCCAGUGCCUCACUCAGGAGCUGGUUCUGGGAUCUCGGGGCCCUCGUGUCAUUACGGGUGACUUCAACCAUGACUUUGGAUGCCUGGACCAAUGUGCCAUUUGGCGCAGUCACGGCUGGAUUGAGCUUCAGUGCUUGGCCGAGUCCCAUUGGGGGAUGACUCCCAGGCCGACGUGCAAACAUGCAACCCGUCGGGACUACAUUUGGUUGUCUCCUGAAGCUGCUGCUUGCUGUGUGCAUGCUUCUGUUCUUGAUGUCUUCCAGGAGCAUUCUACUCUAAUUGCUGGGUUUUCUCUUUCGGGCCAUGCCGUUUCUGAGAUUACCUGGCCUUUGCCUUCCGAGAUCCCGUGGUCUGAGGUCAGUGUUGAGGAAUGGCAUCUCGCUGGGGUUCACGAGCCCACCCCCGCAUCUGACCCCACCGUGUGGUACAGCAAGUUCUCUCAUGCCACAGAGCGCAGCUUGAAGGGCUUCGUGCCUGGACUUCCAAACAAUCACAUUCCCUCCUGUUGCUUCGGCCGUGGACGCCGCCUCACGCCUCAGGUGCAGCAACACAGUGAUCCUAUUCCCAAGCCUAGCCGUCCUGGCGAGGUUAUGAUGCGGCACGAUGGGUUGUGCACUGAAGUCAAGCGAUGGUUUCAACAGCUCCGUCGGCUCCAAUCCUUGACGCAUGCGCUCAAGGCCGCCAAGUCUGAGCCUGCCGCGGUGGACUACCGACUUGCACUUUGGCGGUCCAUUUGCCGGGCCAAGGGUUUCUGUGGGGGCUUCUCUGCGUGGUGGGCCAAGAGACCCACUCGUCUGGUUGGAAGCCCGACAAUGUUGCCCCAAACUGUUCCCGAUUCAGGUACUGCCACCUGCCUGUUUGAGGACUUCCGGUGCAAUUACCGCAGACUUGAAGCCUGGCAUCUCCAGCGACGUGGGCAGAUUUUGUCUUGCAAGUACGACAAAUCAUUGUCUCAGCUCUACUGCGAGCUCCGCGAACCCGCUCCGGAGCAAGUGGACACUCUUACAGUGUCCCGGGAUUAUGCCAUUUUGGCUGUUUCCGACAAACAGGUGCACCUGAGCAGUUCUCUUGACCUGCGAGGCUCCUCCACUUGGGCAGUCGAUGGACAACCGGUGGAGAUAUGUGAAGUUGAUGAUGUGGUGUGCACUCUGUCGGUUCCUGCAUGCCCCGGACAAGAGCUUGAGCAAACUCAGACACUCUCCUCUGUGCCGGAUAUUCACUCUGAAUUCGUUUCCCUGUGGGCCAGCCGUUGGCAACAACAUGCCACGCUUACUGCCCCCGACUGGCAGCGCUUUUUAGCUUUUGCUGCCGCUUUCUUGCCUCGACAGGUUUUCAGCCUGCCCCGCAUUUCGGUUGAAGACUGGCUCCGAGCAGUCAAACGUUUUCGCCCCAGAGCAGCCCGUGGCCCUGACGGCUGGGCUAAAGCCGACCUUCUGAACAUGCCUCCCCCCCGGACUCAGCAGCUGCUGGAUUUCCUUGCACAGCUUGAGGCCGGUGAGUGCUCUUGGCCACAGCAGCUUGUUGUGGGAUUCAUUUGCCUUCUGUCCAAACAAAACGGCCGAGCCGAUGCCCACGGCUAUCGCCCGAUUUGUCUGUACUCAAUCAUUUAUCGUGCUUGGGCCGGCCUCCGAGCUCGACAAGUGUUGCAGGCACUGAAGCAUUGUGUGCCAGAUGGGUUGCAUGGCUUCGUUCCUGGUCGAGAGGCCACAUCUCUGUGGUACGGCAUCCAGGCGGAAAUUGAGCUUUGUGCCCAGGGCGAUGCCCCACUUCUUGGCCUGAGCACGGACAUCAUCAAGUGCUUCAAUAACCUCCCACGCCUCCCUUUGUUGGCUGUCGCUGCUCAGCUGGGCACACCGUGGCAGGUUCUUCAUCCUUGGACGGCCUUUCUCACACAAACUGAAAGGCGAUUCCUUGUCCGUGGACAGGUCAGUGAGCCGUUAAAGUCUACUUCGGGCUUUCCGGAGGGGUGCCCGCUGAGCCCCCUCGCCAUGCUACUGGCAGAUGUCGCAUACCAUGCCUACAUGCAAGCCUUCGUGCCGGAGGUUCGUUCUUUGAGCUACGUCGACAAUCUCGCCACCUUGGCAUCCACUCCGGCUCAGCUUGCCCGAAGUUACCAGGUUACUCAGAGCUUCAUGGAUUUGCUCAAACUGAGCUUGGAUGUAGCUAAGACUUACACUUGGGCGACUGCCCCUGCGGAUCGUAGGGUCCUUCCGGCUCUGGGGUUACCGGUAUCCGACUCCGCCCGUGAACUUGGUGGGUACCUGGCCUUUGGACCACGGGUCCAUAAUGCAGAGCUUCAGCUCCGGUGCACUGCCUUGCAACCCGUGUGGGCUGCCCUGCGGAGGUCUCGUGCGCCUCUUGGGCUCAAACUUUCUGUGUUGCCGAAAAAGUGCUGGGCGCGCGCACUACAUGGCAUCGCAGGUUGCCCUCUUGGCCAGGCACAUUUGCAAUCCUUGCGCACCAGCGCCACCUCUGCCCUACAGAUUCGGCCUGGUGGAUCCAGCUCACUCCUUCGUUUGUCUAUUGUGCCUGACAUGUGUGCCGACCCGGGGUUCUAUCAGCUAUGGGCCUGCAUCCGAGACUUGAGACGCAUGGCUUGCAAAGUCAGUGGUCUCCUCGGCUCAUGGCGUAGUUUUAUGGCUGCUUACGAUGGUCGGUCCCUCCACGGACCUUUCACCAAACUUCUGCAAGUACUGUCUCAGGUCGGCUGGGCCGUUCUGGUCCCCCCCUUGGUGAUGGACCAUGAGGGUUUGCAACAUGAUGUGCUAAAGGCCCCUGCUCUUUUGUUGCGACGGCGACUGGAGCACGCCUGGCUGAGGUUUGUCGCCUUUGCUCACAAGCAUCGGGCCACCAUGCACGACCUGGACGGCAUCGACCCGUCGCUCUUGCAAGCUGAUGUCGGUGGGCUCUCCGCCCUUGAUACGGCUCGGUAUGCCGCGGUUCGGUCCGGUGCCUUUCUCUUUGAUCACGUCCAGUCGCGGUUUGACUUCACCAAAACCGGUGAUUGUGACCUUUGUGACGUGCCGGAUACUGCCCAACACCGUGUUUGCGUCUGCCCAAAGUUUGUGAAUGCAAGAAGGCCGCAUGAAUGGGUGUGUGCCAGAUGGUCUUCGUUACCAUCGUGUGUCACACACCACCUGCUACCUCCUGACAACCCGCACCUGCCGCUUUUGCGCAAACUCCUGCAUGGUCUGCCGGAUCUUUCGGGUUCUUUUAUGUGUUCAGGGACUAGUUUGGGCUGGCAACACCUUUUCACGGAUGGCUCAUGCUACGAUGCUUGGGGCAAUGACUUCUCCCUUGCUGCCUGGGGCAUCAUACAUGCUCAGCUGGGAGUUGCCUUGGCUUGUGGCCCAGUGCCUGGUGUUCUUCAAACGGCUCCCCGGGCUGAAGCUUGGGCCAUGAUCGCUGCAGCCAAAUGGGCUAUCUCAGUGGCUAAACCUUGUUUGAUUUGGUCGGACUGUCUCAACGUUGUUGAUGGAGUACAGGCCAUUCAAAAUGGACAAUGUUUCGAGGCCCAUGCCGACGCCGACCUUUGGGACAUCCUGGCAGCUCUUUUGGCUCAGCUGGACCCUGCACAAUUUCAGGUUCGCCAUACCCCCUCUCACUUGGAUAAGGGUCUUACCACUUCUCCUUUUGAGGAUUGGCUGGCGUGCCACAACGGCCAUGCAGAUACUCUGGCGAAUUUUGCCAAUUCUAACAGGCCGCAGUACUUCGUGCAAGUCUACCAGGCCGCGCUCCGCUACCACUCUGACAUGCUGCAGACGCUUCGAGCCCUUCGCGGAAUCUACUUUGCUAUCGCUGAUGCCACGGCCAGCCGAGGUGGCCGUACACGAGAAGGCGUUGAGUCUGCAGAUCUUGAGGAGCGAGCCCGACCUCUGGCCGUCCCCAGACGUGCUGAACUGGAGUCUCUGAUUCCGGUCGGAUGGGCACAGCUUGUUGCUGCAGCGGGAUGUGACCUGCCGAGUGAUUUUAUUCAGACUCUCUGCCGCUUUGUCUUUGUACAGGAUAGCAUUGCGGAGACUGCUUUUACAGUAACUUGGCUGGAACUUGUUUUCAUGUUGGCCACGGUUGAAGAUUUUGUUUAUCCUGUUUCGGGCCCUCAGGGCGGUUGGCUUUCUCCAGCUUCAGUUGCUUUUCUUCCUCCUCCGCCGACUGUUGCGGGGAGGCUCACUUUCGUGAGACGUGCCUUGCGACAUGCCUUCAAGUGUCUUCGGCUUCAAUGCUUGUUCAUUUCGGGUGUUGAUCGUACUGAGUUGGGGGUCACCUUUCCUCUUGAUGGCAUUGUCAUCGGAGCUGAUGAACACCUUCUGCUCCGUGCCAGGGCUUCUCUAGGCCACUUUGCACAGGGGCGCCGUGUGAACUCUCGCGCUGCGCUCGCUCGGCCACUUUAA